GACGAGCAAAAGCAAGUAGGUCUGUAAUAUACGGAACGAAUUUAAAUAUCUUCAAAAGUCAACAUAUAAUCGUAGCUGCACACUUCGGGUCACAACACGCUAGCAGAUUUUUGAGUGACUCAUUCUAGUGCAGUGACUGAGCGCAAAUCUGUCACGAGAAUCUGAACAUUGAUCUCGUGCGUGGUCAAGUUUCUUAUCUAUUAUCUUGACCCUCUGCGUAAAUAUGUUUGGAAAAAAGUACGAACAAAUGUCUAGUACGAACGGGACGACGGGACACGUUAUGGAGGCGACACAACAGAACCAGGAGGGUUGUGAGCAGUUGCCGCUGUUGGCGGGAAGCCAGACGCAAGAUCAAGGCCGUGAAGCGAAAGUGUCCUCCGAGUUUCAUGAAGAUUCAAACACGCAGGACUGUGUCAACGUGAAUGAUGAGCCUCAGAUUAUUGUCUUGCAAGACCACGACACUCUUGAGCUGCAUCACGAGAAUCCGCCUCCACUUAUCGGCGGUGUUGGACAAGCAGCUCGAGCUCAUCCACCGCGCAAUGAGGAUGGAGCAGGAGCAGCGCGCCAAGGUGUUCAUCAUGGUCCUGGACAGGGAAUGAUCUAUCCAGAUGGAGGCAAGGACGGUCAAACGAACAUCAAGGUGAUGGGCCACAGUGAUGAGAACAAUAAGGUGGCUGACGACUCUACAAACAAGUCGAACCAGAUAUAUAUUUGGGUGCCCUUUCCGAAAAAAACUGGAGAAAGCAACAUGCAGUAUUUUGACAGAACGUGGUGGAUGUGGCUGGCCUCGUAUGCCGGCGUCCUACUCUUCACGUCACUCUUGCUUGGGUUCCUGUUAGCUGAUCCUAAACUCACCGUCACACUCUUCAUGCUGGGCCUCUUCCAGCUGAUCCCGACUUCUGGCGUACUCCUCUUUGUUUACGGAAUGGAGAAAAAAUAGCCGCGAACGCGAAAGUGUGAGCAUGUUGUUGAUGACUGACGCCGAAUCGACUUUUCGGCUCAAAUUCUUGGAGCGAACAAGGAGGAGCUGAAGCUAAGAAUAUGAAUAUCUAUGUAUGCCCUGUUAGAGGUACAAAAUACAUAACUCGGUCAAAGCACAUAAAGUAAAUUGGCCGCCUAGCUUCUCUCGUUGUAUCGGAUAUCCUUAGGUUAGUCCCUAGCCACGAUCCAUAACUUUACCGAUUUACGUUUCCCGCGCGUUGAUAGUUGAUAGUCGCUUCGAGCUGCAAUGUUCAAAGAUCCUCAUUCAAGAAGUUCAGAAAUCUACCAGACUACUUAGGCCAGGCAGCCUUUUGAUGAUGCUAGUGAUGAUUCAUGUUAGCGCUGGUUCAGCGAGAAUCUUGUCGACCGUUUAUACUCUUGUUAGUAAUAUUGUCGAGAUAUUAUCGUCUUUCUCGUCGACAUUGUUAUCAUCAAAAGCAUGACCAUCGAAGCCGAAGAAGUCUCACUGAAGUUGCAGUCAGUUGCUGGAGAUGAUAGAACUAUCUCCACUAAUGAAUUAGCAGUCGCUACUUUACCAAUUUUCAUAUUUCAUAUUUCAUAUUUCAGCGCCAUGAUCAUGCUCAUUUUUCAUAGUCAAGGCGUUUAUUUAUUCAUCGCAUGCAAGAAGACGGGAAACUCAAUUCUUGGCUUGAGUUGUUCCCUUCCAUAUUUUGAAGGCUACGUCGCACCACGCACCAAAGUUAGGUUCUUGUUUCUAACCCUCAAUCUCUUGAUGAGAUAAAAAGGCUUACCCCGUGUGCGAACGCAUACAUGAGGACUCAGUUUGACUGUCGCCACGGUCACGCUCGCGUUCCGGGAAAUGGAUAGUCGAUUCGUUGCUGGAUAUGAUGUUUUAGCCACUAUGAAAUGAAGUUGAAUCAAUUUUCGAUACAUGCUUCGGCAGAGUAG